AUGAAGUGCAAGCCUCGCCUGGUGUGGUUCUACACCAGUCCCUACCUUCGAGCCCGUGAGACGUGCCGCUACAUCUGUGAAGGCAUCAACAACUUAGACUACGUGUCCUACAAAAUCCAUGAAGAACCUCGGAUGAGGGAGCAGGACUUUGGCAAUUUCCAGCUGACGCCAGAAGAAAUGGAGCGCAUUUGGGAGGAGCGUGCUCACUACGGCCACUUCUUCUACCGCAUUCCCCACGGGGAGCUGGCGGCCGACGUCUAUGACCGGGUGCUGCUGUUUAACGAGACUCUUUUCCGAAAGUUUGAGCUGGAGGACUUUCCCAAUGUCCUUGUACUUGUCACUCACGGGAUCUGGGCCCGCGUGUUCUUGAUGAGGUGGUUCCGCUGGACCUACGAAGAAUUCGAGCUGUUGAAAAACAUCCCCCACUGCAAGUACCUCAUCAUGAAGCGCGGCUCUAACAAUCGGUACACGCUUAAGUCGCGUCUUGAGACGUGGGACGAUGUCGACGACGACAACCUCGAGUGCAACGUUGCCGAGGAGGUGAGCCGAGAAGUACGGUUCAAUUCUCGCGGCAAAAUUGAUCACUUGGAAGACAUGGACAUCCAGGCGAUCAUCGAUGCCCAACGCGACGCCAUUAAAGAUCUCCGCGGCAAGCUGAACCGCAUUCGCGAAAUGUAUGCUCGAGCACGAGACCAGCUGCCGUUGCCACCUGGUAUGCGCCACUCACCCGAAACCCCUAACCACCGUGGUAGUGUCUCACUCCAGGUUCCUGAACGCCAGGGGCGAGCUCCCCAGAGAUCUCACCAAUAG